AUGAGAAUUGGGAGUGAUGUUUGUAGGCUAUUCACACCUGUACAAGAGUUUUAUAUUUGGGUAUUAAAAUUUGAUAAUGGUGAUCUAGAUAUUCUAUUACGGGGGAGCACAAAAACAAGAGACUUUGAUGGAGGAGUGUAUUAUGCAUCUGUUGAUAGUAGUGUUCCUGAUUAUGGAUUACCAGAUGAAGGAAUGUUACAGGCUGUGCCAGUUGGACUUCACGGGGGAGAUUGUUGGAGCAUGAUAACCGUAAGUACAGACACAUCCUCUGUGACCAUCGAAUGGGCACUGGUGGCUCUGUUGCAGCACCCAGACAUUUUGGGGAAAGCCCAGGACGAGCUCGACAAACAUGUAUGA